AUUUGAGUAUUUGCCAAAUAGAAAAUAAUAUAAAAUAAUGGAAAAUUAUCAGACUAUUAUUGAAGUUAUUAAGGCUGAACUUAAAGAAAAAUAUAUAAUAGUAAGAAAAUUAAUAGAUGAAGAUAGUUUGAAUGAUCUUAUCACUGAACCUUAUAAAAGUAAAUAUGCAGCUAUGGAGAUAUUGAAAAAUAUGCAAACUGUUUUACUUAAUUUUAUUGAUAAUAUGAAGCCACAAGAAGAUGAAAUGACAUCCAUGCUUGCUUGUGUAUAUUUAAAUCUAGGUAUAGUUGCUAUUGAAACUGAAGAAUUAAAGGCUGGUCAAGAUUAUCUUACAAAUUGUAUUGGUAUAUUAAACAAAAUGGAAAUAAAAUCAAAUACAAUAUUGUUCAUGAUAAAUGCUUUAAAUCAAUUAGGUAUAUUAUGGUCUAAACAGGAUCAAGCAACAAAAGCAAAGGAAUAUUUAGAAUGUGCUGAAAAGGAAUUCAAAGAUUAUAAAUGUUUGAAAGGAUGUAAUUUUAAUAUUUACAGUAUGUUUAAUAUAUUUGGUAUCAAAGAUUGUAAGGAUUCAUCACCAAUAGAAGCUAUUGAAAAACACCAUACAUUAACCCUUUAUUACUUAGCUCAAAUAUAUGGUAGUUUAAAUUAUUUUAUUAAAUCUGCAAUUUAUUGCCAUAUGACAUUAAAUAGGCAGUUAGAAAUGAAUGAUUUUGAUAGUAUUGAUUGGGCAUUAAAUGCUGCCACAUUAUCUCAAUUUUUCAUGGAAAAGGGAGGUUUUAGACAGGCAAAACAUCACCUUGCUGCUGCAACAUGUAUCCUAGAAAAGUAUGAAAGUACCUUAAAAAAUAUGAGCCUGAAAACACCAACAGAAGAUAUUGAAAUUUUGGAAUCUAAAUGGGAGAAUUUUAAACAUAGAAGUGCUGAUAUUAAUCGUUGUUGGGCAAAAUAUGGUAUUUUGCUUAUGAGUAUGUCAAGAGAACGUCUGAUAUUCAUUAAUGAAAAUGGAGAAGAAAAAUAUAUCCCAAAAAGUACUAAAAUUAGGCCUGAUGAUAAAUCUGAAAUAAGCCAAGAAUGUCUUGAUAGUUUGAAUUUUAAAAUUAUAGAGAAUGAUUUGAAACCCAUUGCUGACAAGAUUACAGACAAAUAUUUGUUAGAUUUUAAUGAUGCAAAGGGAGUUUUUUUGAAUGUACAAAAGUGGCUUGACAAUGCACAGAAAUAUUUUACUUUAGAAAAUCAAGCAUCUGAUCAUGUACAAAUUAUUCAGGAUAUGUCACAACUUUAUAAGUAUCUCGCAUUUUUUGAAGAAAAUGAUGCACGACAAGCUAAAAUGCAUAAAAGAAGAGUUGAUUUAUUAGAAAAUAUAGUGAAUCAAUUAAAUGAGAAAUAUUACAAAUCUAUUUGUCAACAAAUUUGGAUUGAACUUGGAGAAACAUAUUCUGAGAUCUUAGACAUUAAAUUGGAUCAUUUAAAAAUAAUUAAUGAAAGGCCAACACUUCAUAUGAUCACUAGAAUUAAUAAUUUAAUUAAAUCUGCUAUUAAAAACUUUACAAAAUUUUUAAAUUCUUUAAACGAAUUUAGUCAAAAUAAAUUUUCAGAAGAUAUACUUAGACCUGCUUUAUGUGCAUAUUUUCAUUUAGGUAGACUAUAUAACAAAUGUAUUACAUCAAAUAAACAAUUACAAUUUGAUAAUGCAAAGAAAAGCUUAGAUGCCUAUACAUUUGUAGUUAAUUAUUGCAAAAAUGACUUGAAAGCUGCUGAACUCAUGUCAGUAGAACUUAAUAUUUGCAAAGAUUUUGUUAAGUUUUUACCUAUAAAAAUGAAUAAAUUAGUUCAUGAAAUCACCAAAGAAUAAAAUAAGUUUUACAAAAUUAACUAAAUUAACAUACAGUAUUAUCCUUUAUUUGCUCUUUACAUGAUAAUUUUCGGUUUACAUAAAAUGUUACAUUCGACUAUAUAAAUUAGAAUAUUGAUGUUACAUAU